GUGAGCCGCGAUCGUGCCACUGCACUCCAGCAGGCUGUUACAGCCAUGCCCAUAGACUGCUGGCUGUAAUAUGAUGUAUUCCUUAGGGCUUUUCUUGAGCCCUUAGACCAUACUUCAUUUUUUAUCCAAAAUGCUGAAUUUUGAGAUAGGACACAGAUGUGCCAUUUUACCAUUUAAAUAAAUGGAGUUAGGGCCAUCCAUUUUUCCAUCAGUCUGGAAGGACGUUGGUGUUAAGAUUGGCAUACAUAUCAAGGACAGUAACUACCAUGGCUUCCAAAGUUUUGCCAAAACCUCAGAGGUGUGGCCUUCUGGCCAAGCAUCUGCGAUUUCAUAUGAUUGGAGCAUUCAUGGUAUCCCUGGGGGUUAUAGCUCUCUAUAAGUUUGCUGUGGCUGAACCAAGAAAGAAGGCAUACACAGAUAUCUACAGAAAUUAUGAUCUCAUGAGAGAUUUGGAGGAGAUGAGGAAGGCUGGUAUCUUUCAGAGUACAAAGUGAUCUUGGAAUAUAAAGAAUUUCUUUAGGUUGAAUUACCUAGAAGUUUGUCACUGAUUCGUGUCCCUGAACUAUGACACAUGAAUAUGUGGGCUAAGAAAUAGUUUCUCUUGAUAAAUGAAUAAUUAACAACAA